AUGGUCGGGCUACCUCUUGGUUGGGACUCGGACUACGACGGUCGACGAUGGUUCUACAAAUACAGGCCCACCGGUCAUAUUCAAUAUCACUUUCCCUCCGAGGGUGAUGAGUUUCCGGAGUUUGUCGACGCUGAUGCACCGGCUCCAGCUCUUGCCCCCGAAGAACUACUAGAAUCGCAGCAGCAGGUCAAGAGGAAGACGAGCUCGGCACGCUGCGGCGCUGACGCUGCCUCGAAACGGGCAUCGACAAAGGUUGCGGACAAUGGCCACGUCCACAAGUAUGCCAUGUCCGCAACCGCUAAGCCUAUCAGUGUGGUAUGGGAGGGGGACGAUGAUGCAGAAGGUGACGGGAUGUUCCAGCCAGAGAACUUCAUGUUUCUUGGUCCCGGGACAUACGUCGACAUGAGUCCUUUGGCUGAAGAGGAGGAAGAAGCAGCCAAACGGUCUGUUGAGGGAGCCGUUAGUGAAGGGUUUUUGGACAGCGGUGCAUCUACUGGGACGACUGCAGUAGCCAGGGCCAAAGGCGUUAGUCCUCCAGGGAGCAGCAACACAACGCCAAUGAUGGCAAAGAGUGAGCCGUCGGCAUCACCAGGGCAGACAGACGCCCAGAUCAAAGGGGCCACUGCUAUUGAAAGCAUGUCCGUUGCUAGCAGCCCUCGCGUUGUUGAGAGCGAGCCUGUCCCAACACGACCGCCCUUCGAAAUCGGAUCUACUGUUGUUACCGCACAAAUACCCGACUCUUCGGUAGUCCACAUGAUGGACGGUCGUGAGAUGCCUGUGGAAAUGAUGGGUGACACGAUCCAUCGGUUCGAUCCGGUAGGGUUUGUUGCUGAGAUGCCCACAGAGCAAACAGCCACGGCUCGCUUUAAGCUUCCCCCUGACCCUGUGGAGAUUGCGGACAAGACGGUGCUUGCACCAGCUGAAACUGCAGCCACAGCGCUUUUGGAAUUGGAAUUAGCCGAGUUACCGGUCCCGAGCACGCCUUCUAGGAGCAAGGAGGUCCCCAUCGUGAGCUCGCCAAAGGAAUCCGGAGAGAAGCAGCAGUCUGCGGGUGGUGAUGGGAUUACGAAAAAGGAUGCUACCGGACCUGUUCAGCAAGCACCAUCAGAUCGCCUUCAGUCAUACGAGGUCACAAGUCGCGCGGAGCCAUCACCCCCUCUGGUCCAAUGUACAGGUCCACCAUAUGCAAAUGAAGGCCCUAGUCACGGUUGUGGACAGCAUGGUCCUCACUCAGUACAAUAUGGACAGGCUGAAAUAUCGAACCCAGUCAAGUCGGAGACAUUUAAGAUUGCAAGAAAACAGCUGGGCGGCGCGCCAAGUAUGCCUGCCGCACCGCAGACGCAAAAACUGGGUUAUCAAGCAUACGUGCCAGGCCCGGCGACUACGGCUAUACCUUUGCCAAAACUCUUGAAGAGGAAGAGCAUUGGGCUGCAGCGUGAAGCAUCUCUGAUGCUGAGCAUGAAGGGAAAUUCGGUGAACAUGGACCCCAAUGCUGUUCCUCGAGUGCUGUCACCACCACAGCAUGCACUACCGAAUGCGUUUAUCCAGUCUGAUGUGGCAGAACAGGCUCGAUCAACCGAAGAAAAUAGAACAGAAAAAUUCAACUUUUCUCUGACACACACCCCAUCGAUUCUGAAGCCGGCGAGAAAGAGAAACUCGGUGCAGGAUAUGUGCCCUCAGCAACAGCUUCCAACACCGGCCGCUGUUGCAACUCUUGCUCAACCUCAAUCUCCUAGAUCUAUAGCAGUGUCCAAGCUUCCAUCUGUUCUGCGUCCAGCACGAGAAAGAUCAUCCAGCCAGCCAGGACAGCGGAUCAGUGGUGCCGGUCAGCAGCUCGACAAAUCUCAACCCGUCCAACAGAUCAACCUGCAGCCUGUUUGGGCUACACAAGUGGUACAGUCAUCACGGCCGGCCAGUGUAAUGUCUAUUAUAAACCAUGCACCAUAUGGAUCUCAAUAUUCGGGCGUCGACCUCGGCCCCAUUCCUCGGCGACACAAUCUCACUCAACCGUCAUCAUCCGAGUGCACGCUGCCAGAGUUGCGAAGCCAGCCUUUGCCACCGAGAAACAUGCAUGAAUCAGUCAUCAUCCAGCCUCCCCAACCCCAAGCUAUUUCGAGGACUGUUCAACCCAUGUCCCAACAACCUCCAAAAUGUCAGUUCCAAGUGCCAUCGUCGAACUGGCAGGACAUUGCAGAAAGGCAGCUUGUGAGCCCCCAAAGCGCAAUUGGAACUAUUCAGCAUUCGUCUCUCUUCAAACCUUCCAAGACCGUGGUCACCCCAGUUCUAAGCCAACCAGGCCAAGGUGAACGGAAUCACCCCGUUACGCGGCGAGACUCUAUGUUUACCCCUGGUGAGGUGUCCCCAACCCGACCUCGUCAAGACAGCCAAGUCUCGGCUCUGGAAUCUCCGUUGCCUCCGGAUGCAGCCCGACGUGAUUCACCAAAUCCGACUACAAGUGACCGAAACUACACUCCCCCGCCACUGACUGACACGACUGGGCCACUUGCAAGUGGCUGGACUCAGUCAACAGUACCGAAUCCACAGAAUGGAAACCCGCCCGUACCCUCCAAAAUUCGGGAGCAUGCUGGAGGCUCCUUUUCCGCUGUUCAGAGCUCGCCUGACAGGCCCUUAUCUCAGGACAGGCAACUAACAAUAGAUGUGCCCGAGCAGCAGCAGCAAAAGACCGCUGCUCGACUCGAACCGCAGUUUCGAUCUGCGCAGCAGACUGAACAACAGGAACCUCCGCAACCUAGUCCCCCCGCAAACCGGCAAGGUGAAGAAAAGAAACUGCCCGAAGAGCCCAUGCAAGCUAUCGGGCAUCCUAUUGGAUAUCAAGUCAAGGGACUUGCGAACCUGCAUGACCACUGCUUGGCUGGCAAGCAGACCGUCCCAGCACCAAGGUCGGGAUAUAUACCUGGACGGAUCGGGGAGCAUAUUGACAGCGAACGAGGUUCCAAAUUUGAGGAGACGCACCAGAUCACCCGGCCAAGCUCUGUGGUGUCUAGUAUUCAAGACUCACUCCCAGAGACACCAGUGAGUCCUUCUGGACCUACACUACAACAGCCGAAGCCGUCGGCGCCGAAUCAAGUUGAAGGGCAAGUACCAACUAUGGGGCAGCCUUCAAUGCUGUCAACCCAAAAGGGUCAAACCCUGAAUGACCAGCCGGGUAUUUCUAAGAAAUCACAAGGCAUAAUGCCACUGGGUCAUAUGCAAGCUCAGAUGCGAACCCAAACUGCACCUGGACAAAUGAUGUCUACUCCUAAUUCUCUGGCUGGACAAGUGCCCUCGGGACAAGGUCAUUGUGGACGAGCUCAUCUGUUCAAAAUGCCAGGCAAGCCUCUUGUGCAAGGCUCUACAUUGCUUCAGCCCCAAUUUCAACGCCAAAACCAAACGAGAAAGGCACGCCAAGCAUCGUCGGAUCCGGAUCAGCCUCAAGUGGUCCAUUCCGAAAUUUGCUCGACUGCCAGCGUGGUUAGCACAGCCCAGCAGGGCGUGACGCCUCGGCAAGUACAAGUAUCAGCAGGUUACCGGGAUUCAAAUCCAUCAGAGCACGACGUGACCCCAGGGCCGCUUUUUGCCCCCUCAAACCGCAGUCGUGGAGGAAAUAGCGAGAUGCAGCCACCAGGGGCGAACCAGGCGGCCGACAAUAGCAAGUGGACCGAAAGGCCAGCAGCGGACUACUCCGGGGGUGAUUGGGGCGAUGAGGAGGAUUGGGACCGGAGAUGA